CUUCAUAUAUGUUUUACUUACAAGAAAUAAAACAUCCAAGUAGGGAGAAAUGGCUUCUCUUAAACCAGCACUUGCUCUUCCAUGCGGGAUUUUGCUGUGUUUUUUGGUUCAGGUUUCUUUGGCUGCUAAGGUCAGGCAUCACAAAUGGGCAGUGGAGUACAUGUUCUGGUCACCGGACUGUGUGGAACAUGUGGUGAUGGGCAUCAACGGUCAGUUUCCCGGACCCACGAUCAGGGCCACCGCAGGAGACACCAUUGUUGUUGAGCUCACAAACAAACUGUACACCGAGGGAGUUGUCAUUCACUGGCACGGAAUCAGACAGUUUGGAACUCCAUGGGCUGAUGGAACUGCAUCCAUUUCGCAAUGUGCUAUUAACCCUCGAGAAACGUUUAUUUACAGGUUCAAAGUUGACAAGAUGCUUCCUGACUCAAAAAGCUAGAAUAAAAACUUUAAAAAGGC